AUGUCCGACUACGCUCAACCCCCACACACCCCCACCCUCGACAUCUCGCCCUUCAGCCUCGCCACGCCGCCGGAAGAGCUGCAAGAACUGCGCGACCUCGUGCGCCUGUCGAAGCUCGGGCCGAGAACGUACGAGAACUCGUCUGCGGGCGGGAAGUACGGCGUCGAGUACGCGUGGAUGGCUGAGGCGAAGGACCGCUGGGCGGAGGGGUUUGACUGGACGGCUGUUGAGGGUCGUGUGAACGAGUAUCCCAACUUCAAGGCCAAAGUCGUCGACGACGACGGAGCUCCGUACUCGAUCCACUUUAUCGGCCUCUUUUCGCAAAAGAAGGAUGCGAUCCCGUUGAUGUGCAUCCACGGCUGGCCGGGCAGCUUCCUUGAAUUCAUCGGCUUCCUCUCAGCCUUGAAAACCAAGUACACCCCCGACGACCUCCCCUACCACGUCAUCGUCCCGUCCCUCCCAGGCUACGCUUUCUCCGACUCCCCGCCCGUCGACAGAGACUGGGUGCUGCAGGACUCUGCACGGCUGCUGCACAAGCUCAUGGUCGGGCUGGGCUUUGAGGGCGGCUACGCCGUGCAAGGCGGCGACAUCGGGAGCUACACGGCGCGGAUCAUGGCGCGCACGUAUGACUCUUGCAAGGCGCUUCAUCUGAACUUUUGCGCCAUGACGUGUCCCGAGGAGGCAGCAGACACGCCGCUCGAAAAGUAUGAGCGAGAAGCCCUUGAGAGGAGCGACAAGUUUGUCAAGUUUGGCACCGCGUAUGUGAUGGAGCAUGCUACGAGGACAGCUACGAUCGGCUUCGUGCUGUCGUCGAGUCCUCUGGCGCUGCUUGCCUGGAUUGGCGAGAAGUUCCUCACGUGGACGCACGAAACCCCCUCCAUGGACGAGAUUCUCGCCUCCGUCACGCUUUACUGGCUCACCCAGACCUUUCCCCGCGGUGUAUACCCGUAUCGACAGGAAGUCAUUGACGACACGCACGGUUCGAUGACCGACGCGGAGUGUCGGAGGGUGAUCAAGGACGGCGCGAAGCGGUACAUGUUCCACCCGGACCCGGAGUAUCACUGCGAGAAGCCGAUGGGGUAUUCGUGGUUCCCGUACGAGAUUGUGCCGGUGCCGAGGGCGUGGGCGGCGACGACGGGGAAUCUGGUCUGGUACCGGCCGCAUGAGAAGGGCGGGCAUUUUGCUGCGUAUGAGCAGCCAGAGGCUUUGCUGGGUGAUGUCGAAGACUUCUUGAAGCAGGCCUGGGUUUAA